UGAAUUUACUAAGCCACCUCUGGAAAAGAUCUGGUCUCUAUACACGGUGUAUCCAAAACCUUGCCACCACUCAACACUCAACAGAAAACCAUACAGUAUCACAAUUCGCCACAGCCGUCGACGAGGAACUGCUGGUAAUAGACAAUGAUGUUCCCUGUUAGGGUUGCUAUUGCCAUCAAUAGGUGCCGACAACGAAGAUUGGGUAGUUUUCCAAGUGUAUUAAAGAGAACAGCCUCGUCCCAGUCAUCAAAGCUGAUCCCUGAAGAUGGCUUGACAUUGAACGAUUUCGUCUCGGGCAGUGCCACAAAAAACCAUGAGCCCACAACCCAUUCGACAUCAGAUAACGCUGCCAGCAGUCGUCUGUCUUUCCAUUUGAAAACUUACGGUUGUCAGAUGAAUGUGAGUGAUAGCGACAUUGUGAGAGCACUGCUCCUGGAGCAAGGAUUUAGAGAAGUCCCCGAAGAAUCACAAGCCCAGGUGCUCUUGACCAAUACCUGCGCCAUCCGAGAGGGUGCCGAAGAAAAAGUAUGGCAUCGAAUGAGAGAACUUCGAGGUAGAUUUGCACGAAAAAAGGGCAAAAAGCUAGUGGGAGUUUUGGGCUGCAUGGCUGAGCGGCUCAAGGAAGAUCUAUUCCAGGACGGUUUGGCCGAUCUCGUGGUGGGGCCCGAUGCCUACCGAGAUUUACCCCGGCUCUUGCAAGAUUUGGCUUCCGAAACUUCCCAAGUAGAAAAGGCUGUCAGCGUGCAGCUUAGUAUGGAAGAGACGUAUGCGGAUAUUACUCCUGUCCGUAGAAAUACGGAUGAUGUUUCAGCCUUUGUGAGUAUCCAGAGAGGAUGUUCCAACAGAUGCAGCUUUUGCAUUGUCCCAUUCACCAGAGGAGGUGUGGAGCGAAGUCGACCGUUUCAAAGCGUGAUUUCAGAAGUGCAAGCGUUGUAUGAUGAAGGGGUUAAGGAGGUUACAUUGCUUGGUCAAAACGUCAACUCAUACCAUGACCAGAGCGAAACGGCGAUUGCCAUGAUGCCGGACAGCGACUACACAAUGUCCAACCAGGGCUUCAAGAGCAGAAUACGGCGAAGAGGGGGUGGAUACUUCUUUGCAGAUCUCGUGGAAGCAGUUAGCAACAUAUCUCCAGAAUUACGAGUUCGAUUCACGAGCCCCCACCCCAAAGAUUAUCCACCAGAACUCCUGUCGCUCAUGGCAGAGAAACCCAAUGUGUGCAAGAGUCUGCAUAUGCCCGCUCAAUCGGGGUCAUCCUCGGUAUUAAAGAGAAUGCGGAGAGGAUACACUCGAGAAGCAUAUCUGGACCUCAUUUCGGAUGUGCAAGCAACAAUCCCAGAGGUAGCCAUCUCGAGUGACUUUAUCAGUGGAUUUUGCGAUGAAACAGAGGGAGAACAUCAAGACACUCUUUCGCUCAUGGAAAAGGUGCGGUACGAUCAAGCCUUCAUGUUUGCGUACAGUUUGAGGGAGAAAACACAUGCUCAUAGAACCAUGCAAGAUAAUAUACCCCAAGAGAUCAAACUGAGAAGAUUACGAGAAGUGAUUGAUACCUUUCGAUACCAUGUUCAGAGGAAGAACGAGGAGGUGGAGCUUGGCAGGUUGCGGUUAGUCCUGGUGGAGGGAGAAUCGAAACGAAGCAAACCUGGGAACAGAUCGUGGAGUGGACGCACCGACCAAAACAAGCGAAUACUUUUCCCUAGUGACGAGGAAGCUUGCACAUCCUACAGUGAGAGGGCCCUGCAUCAAAUCCUGGGACAUGUGAACGCUUCAGGCUCACAUCAUGCACUUCCUCGAGGUGAUCUUGACUCCAUGACUCGAGUAGACCUCAAGUCAGGCGAUUAUGCCAUUUGCGAGGUAACAGAAGUAAAGGGACACGGACUUCGAGGCCGGCUUCUUUGCCGGUCAUCUAUACAACAAUUUGCAGAAAGUGGUCUCGACAGCAUCUUCGAUGAUGCAGCAAGAGAAAGGGCGCGUUGCUUGAAAGAAGCGUUCAACUUGAUGGAUGAUGGUUUGGCGAGUGAAAGCCCCAGGCAAGCAUUCCCUUGAUCGAGAGAUAGAUGAUGGUCUUCCACGUGAGAAACCGUGGCACGUACUACUAGCUACGACUACACCCUGAACCUAAUAUCCUGCCUAAGAUAUAGAAGCUAUGAUUGCCGAUUGUCGU